AAGGAAACCGGGGGAAGGGGAAGAGAGGGGGCGAUGGACUCCGGAGCCCGCCCGGGCGGCGGCGGCCCCGGCGCGGGGCAGAACCGCGAGUACAAACUGGUGAUGCUCGGGGCGGGCGGCGUCGGCAAGAGCGCCAUGACCAUGCAGUUCAUCAGCCACCGCUUCCCCGAGGAUCACGACCCCACCAUCGAGGACGCCUAUAAAAUCCGGAUCCGCAUCGACGACGAGCCCGCCAACCUGGACAUCCUGGACACGGCGGGGCAGGCGGAGUUCACGGCCAUGAGGGACCAGUACAUGAGGGCGGGCGAGGGCUUCAUCAUCUGCUACUCCAUCACCGACCGGCGCAGCUUCCACGAGGUGCGGGAGUUCCGGCAGCUCAUCUACCGCGUGCGCCGCACCGACGACACGCCCGCCGUGCUGGUGGGCAACAAAUCCGACCUGUCCCAGCUGCGCCAGGUGUCCAAGGAGGAAGGCUCUGCCUUGGCCAGGGAGUUCAACUGCCCCUUCUUCGAGACGUCGGCCGCCUACCGCUACUACAUCGACGACGUCUUCCACGCCCUGGUCAGGGAGAUCCGCCGCAAGGAGAGGGAGGCCGUGGUGGCCAUGGAGAAGAAAUCCAAGCCCAAGAGCAGCGUGUGGAGGAGGCUGAGGUCGCCCUUCCGCAGGAAGAAGGACUCGGUCACCUGAGCCGGGGGUGGGAGGAGAGGAGAAGCUCCAGCGGGAGAACGGAACGAGAAUUUCCUUCCCCCACCAUGAGUGGUUCUGGAGUGUCUCGAGGGACACAACGCCCCUGAGGGGACUCUGAGAGGGAGCCAGUGACUCUGCCAAUUAUUUCUGUUUUAGGAUGAGAUUCCCUUGAUUCUGGACCUCGGAUUUGGGGCACGGCAACGCUUUCACUCCUCUUUGUGGGCAUUUUGGUUUCACCCUCACCGGGCCCGGCCUGUGUUGGUUUUUGGGGCGUCCAUGGGUUCAUGGCCCCCACUUUGUGGAGCCAGACCGGGUGCUGGGAGCUGGGCUGUGUGAAACGUGGCUGCAGCUGCCCCCAAACCAGGCAGAAUUCCUUGUUCUUCCCGAGCUGCUCUCCGGGAGAACCGCCCAGAGCUCGAGGGGCGGCCAAGCAGGGCUGGGCUGGACUUCUUGUCUUCUCACUGAGGAGCUUUUGGGGUCUUUUUUCCCAGCAAAAUCGAUGUGGAUACCUGUGGAGGUGUUACCUGAGUGGUCUCAGCUCAUCAGCAGUCGUGGGUGGGACCUGGACCCGUCAGAGUGACAGAAUUUGGGAGGUCAGGGAGGACCUCUGAGGUCCUCGAGCCCAGCCCUGGACCCUCCACCACCACAAUCCAGUCCUUUCAGACACCUCCAGGGGCUCCAGCACCUCCCUGGGCAUCCCUGGGUGCUCCUCUGGGAGCAAAUCACCCAUUAAAAGCCCAGAACAGGGCUGGGAAUUCUGAUGGUUUUAAGAUCCUCGUGCAGGAUUGAAUUUGGCUGAGCUGUGUUAACUUUGAGCUGAAUUUUUUUUUUAGGGGGUGGGUUUUUCCACCUCUCCCCUCCUUUGCAGUGCUGUAAUCACAGAAUAACCCCCUCCACCACCCCCCAAAAAAAAAAAAAAAGAAUAUGUGCUUUGAGAAAGGCUGAGAAUAAUUCAGAUUGUUCAGAAUUUAAGACUCCUCUGUGCUGCCUGUGGGUCUUCAGUCCUCACUGAAGUUCCCAGUCCCUCCUUGUUGGAUUAAAAACUGCCCAGAACUGGGAUAAAAAAAAAACAUCUGGCAGAAAACAGGGGGAGAAGGAGGAGGCAGCAGCUCAGGAGCUGCUCUAAAUCCUGUGCUGGCUGUUUCAGAGCCCCUAAGGAGCUCCCAGGUGCUUUUCCCUCCCCCUUCCCCCAGCUCAAAUCCCGCUCCACGGGUCAAGGGAGACCCUCCAGAGGUGCUGAACCCCCCUGGAGCUCCAAAUUUUAAAAUUCUGUGCCUUACCUGAGCCCUGCCAGGAGGUUUUUUUGGGUGUUCCCCGAUGCCCUUUGCUUGUAGAGAACCCCGAGAGCCAGAACAGCAGAGAGCACUUUCUUUUUAAUUUCUUUUACUUGGUUUUUUUUUUGUUGUUGUUUUGGGUUUUUUGGGGUUUUUUUGUUUGUUUUGACACAGAGGUUUUAUUUUUUGUCACCUGCAGAGGUUUGUACACAGGGCUGAUUGUUUUAUUUGACACUAUAUAUAUAUAUAUAUGAUUUUUAAUACGA